UCUCAUAGGAUCCAUUAUUUUUUUUUUUUGGCCAGCACAAUCAUCUCCUGGAAACAACGCUCGGUUCCCCUUGCUCACAUCAAUCGAGUCCCACAGCCAAUGAUCCUGCUGCUCUUCAAUCGCUAACUAUAGCAUCUCCUCUCCAUUAUAAGGCCCAAUUGGCUAGCUGGCGAUGCCAUUUCAUUCGCCAGUGUUACAUCGUCAGAUUACGUAAUCCCACCUAAAUAUCCCUUUUGUAUGACGAGGAGACCUAGUGCACGCAGCAAAAAAAAAAUUCUCACAGGUUGUCGACAUCUUGUGCUCCGUCCCACUUGUUCCCAUUCCAGUCAAAGUGGAUUGUAAAGUUCGUGAAAGAUGUCAGAUCAAUUGGCCGAACAGGUGCAGAAGCUCUACCUCGACGAGGUUACCGGUGAACAGGUUUCCAAGUCUGAAUUGAAGAAGAGACAGAAGAAGCGUGAGAACGAUGCUAAGAAGGCCGCAAAGGCCAAAGAAGCAGCAGCCAAGAAGGCUGCUAGUGGCGACAAGCCAUCAAAGAAGAAGGAUGUGUUGCAGGACUUGACUCCAAACCAGUUCUUCGAGAUCAGAUCGAGACAGAUCGAUGAGUUGAGACACACAAAGUCCCCAAACCCUUAUCCUCACAAGUUCAACGUGACCAAGUCCAUCAGACAGUUCCUGGAGGAGUUCAAGGACUUGAAACGUGGUGAGACCAAGCCGGAGAUUGAGCUGUCAGUUGCAGGUAGGGUCAUUGCCAAGAGAGAGUCCGGCUCAAAGUUGAAGUUCUACGUCUUGAGAUCGGAUGGUGUCCAGGUUCAAAUCAUGGCACAAGCUCAAGAUUCCAAGGAACAGGACUAUGAGACUGCACACGAAUUGCUCAAGAGAGGUGAUAUCAUCGGUGUUACCGGUUACCCAGGUAGAACUGAGCCAAAGAAGGGUGGUGAAGGUGAGUUGUCCAUCUUUGCAACAAAGGUUCAACUCUUGACACCAUGUUUGCACAUGUUGCCAACCGACCAUUACGGUUUCAAGGACCAGGAGCAAAGAUACAGAAAGAGAUACUUGGAUUUGAUCGUCAACAACAACGUUAGAAACAAGUUCAUCACAAGAUCCAAGAUCAUCUCUUACAUCAGAAAGUUCCUGGACAACAGGGAGUUCAUCGAAGUUGAGACACCAAUGAUGAACGUCAUCGCCGGUGGUGCCACUGCUAAGCCAUUCAUCACCCAUCACAACGAAUUGGACUUGGACAUGUACAUGCGUAUUGCUCCAGAGUUGUUCUUGAAGGAGUGUGUUGUUGGUGGUAUGGACCGUGUCUAUGAGAUUGGUCGUCAAUUCAGAAACGAAGGUAUUGACUUGACCCACAACCCAGAGUUCACCACCUGUGAGUUUUACCAGGCCUAUGCCGAUGUCUACGAUUUGAUGGACAUGACCGAGCUUUUGUUCUCUGAGAUGGUCAAGUCUAUCACUGGUGAUUAUAAGAUCAAGUAUCACCCAGAUGGUCCAGACGGUGAGGAACUCACUUUGGACUUCUCUAGACCAUGGAAGAGAAUCAACAUGAUUGAAGAGCUUGAGAAGGUGUACGACGUCAAGUUCCCAGCAGGUGACCAAUUGCACACUGCUGAAACUGGUGAGUUCUUGAAACAAAUCUUGAUCAAGAACAAGUUGGACUGUCCACCACCUUUGACCAACGCUAGAAUGCUCGACAAGCUUGUUGGUGAGUUGGAGGAUUCCUGUAUCAACCCAACUUUCAUCUUUGGUCACCCACAGAUGAUGUCCCCAUUGGCUAAAUACCACAGAGAUAUCCCAGGUUUGUGUGAACGUUUCGAGGUGUUUGUUGCUACCAAGGAGAUCUGUAAUGCUUACACCGAGUUGAACGACCCAUUCGACCAAAGAGCAAGAUUCGAAGAGCAAGCCAGACAAAAGGACCAAGGUGAUGACGAGGUUCAAUUGGUUGACGAGACCUUCUGUAACGCCUUGGAAUACGGUCUUCCACCAACCGGUGGUUGGGGUUGUGGUAUUGAUAGAUUGGCCAUGUUCCUCACAGAUUCCAAUAAUAUUAGAGAAGUUUUGCUCUUCCCAACUUUGAAGCCAGAUGACUCCGUCAUCCCAGGUAAGAGCGAGAAGGAGGAAGCCAAGUAGAAUCUUUGUAUAGCGUAAUUGACUAGUGUUGUUUUGAGUA